GCGGGAGCGGCCGGCGGGAGGGGGCAGGCAGAGCCGGCUGGCGGGGCGCGGCGCCCGGGCUGCCACCGCGCCGAGGGCCGCAGCAGGAUGUAUAAGGAUUAAGUGCCAAGUGCCAAAAUGAGCGUGACUUCGUGGUUCUUGGUGAGCAGCACCGGCAUUCGCCACCGGCUCCCUCGGGAGAUGAUAUUUGUUGGCAGAGAUGACUGUGAACUGAUGCUCCAGUCCCGCAGUGUCGAUAAGCAGCAUGCUGUGAUCAACUAUGACAAGGAGAAAGAUGAGCACUGGGUGAAGGAUCUCGGGAGCUUGAACGGCACAUUUGUCAACGAUGUGAGGAUUCCUGACCAGAAGUACAUCACCCUAAAACUGAAUGAUGUUAUUCGCUUUGGCUAUGAUUCGAACAUGUACGUUCUGGAGCAAAUUCAACACAAAGUCCCAGAAGAAGCAUUAAAGCAUGAGAAGUACACCAGCCAACUUCAGAUGAAUUAUAAAGGCACUGCAAUGAAGAGGGCAGAGCAGCCCAUGGAGCACAGCGUCUACACUGAGUCCCCACAAGCAAAGCUGGAGAAGGGAGAGAGGAAAGCAAUUACAGAGACCAAUACUUAUCGCACCCCUCUUUAUGGGCAGCCCUCCUGGUGGGGGGAAGAUGAUGCAAAUAACAAGGAGGACAGAAGGCAAGAGGAACAUUACCCAGAAAGAUCAAAAGAGAUAACCCAACAUGAAGAGGAACUGAAUGGUAAUAUUUCAGCUUACAGAGAUGCCCAAGAACAGUCUGUGUUUGCCUUCCGGAGAGAGCCAAGUUACUUUGAGAUUCCAACUAAAGAAUUUCAGCAGCCAUCAAAAUCUCCAGAAACGCAGGUCCAUGAGAUCCCAACAAAGGAUGUCGAUGCUGUGGUAGCCCCCGUUGUACAAAGUCAUGCCUCUUUCACCAUUGAGUUUGAUGAUGGUACCCCUGGUAAAAUAAAGAUAAAAGACCACGUAACAAAAUUUUCACUCAGACAGAGAAGACCAUAUAGUAAGGAACCAGCUCAUACAGAAGUGAUGUCAGCGGAGAGCAAAGUGGCAGACUGGCUUGUCCAGAAUGACCCAAGCUUGAUGAGACGACAGUCUCCAGGAGACGAUGUGUACAGUACAAAGAGUGACCUGCCGGUUCAUGUGAGGACACUUAAAGGCAAUAGGCACGAGGACGGGACGCAGAGCGACUCUGAAGACCCUGUGGCACCCAAGGCAGAGAAGGAGACGACGACGGGCAGCGAACGUGCAACAGAGCAGACGAGGCUGCAGCGCCAGAUGAGGCGCGAUCCCCACGAGAUGCUGCACAACAAGCAGGCCUUCGUCAUCGAGUUCUUCGAGGACACGCCGCGGAAGAAGCGCUCACAGUCCUUCACGCACAGCGCUCACUCCUCCCAGAGCGACACCGACCCGGGGCUGAAGACCAAGGUUGAAAAGCGCAAGAACACGUCUCCAGCAGAGAAGCUGGGAAAUGCGGUGCCACCAUCCCACCCUGGGACCCAGGCAAACAAACCCAAUAACAGCUCCUCUGGGACCCAAAGAGCUAGCUCCUUCAAGAGGGAGAAGACAGAGGAUCGAAUCAACUCUUCAUCCUCUUCUGCUUCCAAAACGUCAGGCAAAACUUAUGGGAGUGUUGGGAGGAAGUCUAAAAUGGCUCAGGAUUUUAUGGCCGAGUACCUGCGAGAGACUGCUCAGUCUGGGAAGCCGAGCACUGAGAAACCGGCACCUCUGCCCAUGCCGGCAGCUCCACACGUGGUUAUAUCAUCAGAACCAGAGUCUACCUCUGCACCACCUCCCGAGGUGAAGUCUGCCCAGGGCAGGAGGAACGAUGAGGAAGACAGCGUAAGCGAGACAGGCACAUACACCAUUGAGACGGAGUCACAGGAUAAAGAGGUGGAAGAAGCACGAAAAAUGAUAGACCAGGUUUUUGGUGUUCUCGAGUCACCUGAAUUUUCCAGAAUCUCUUCAGCCUUUAGACCAAUAAUUAAAGGUGAAAAAGAUGACUCUGGUUCUCAUCAGCAUCUAAUCAGUGAAAAUGGGACUAGUCAGAAGUCACCCUUGCUCCAGGCACUUGCCUCAAAAGCUGCCAGUGGGUCUCAGGCUGAUGCACAGAUGUCUGCAGCAUCUCAAGGGAGUCAGAAGUGGGUGUCUAGGUGGGCGAGCCUUGCAGACAGUUACUCUGACUCUGGAUCUGUUUCUGGACAGGGUGAUGGAGGUGUAGAAAGCAGAGUAGCUCCAAAACCUGGGGAACCAGAAAAUGCUGUGCCCUUGAGAACAAGACGCCUUCUUCCCCAGCUCCCACCAAGUGAUAAAUCAGACAGUCCCACACCCACAGUCCUGGUCUGCCAGGAGUCCUACUCUGAGGUUACCAAAAGAACUGUUGUGAGGGACCACUGUGUGGAUGCCUAUGGUGAUUCCAGCAGCCGCCUCUUCAUCCAAGAAGACUUGGAUCCAGAUAGCCUCAGCGACGCCAGCAGAUCUGACGAUGGCUUCAGCACAGAAAAAGGCAAGAAAUACAAAGAGAACAAUAAAAUGCUAGAGCAGAUGGGGGAAGACACAAAACUGGAGAGCCGGCAGCCAGGAGCCUCCCGGAUCUCAAAUGUGAAAGCUGUGAGUGAGUCAGUUUCUGCUUCGUUCUACAUUGGUGAUGACAGCAAUGACAUGGGGAUUCCCUCCAAGCUAUCUCUGAGUGUGUCCCAUGCUCGAGCAGACAAAGAUGGCAAGGAUCAGGAGUUUUCCUUCAAGUCUGCUGGCACACCAGUUCCUGGAAAGCCACCAGUCAAAGAUGUUACUGCUUACAUUAAUGCAGCUGGAAAAAUGGUUAUUUCUCUUCAUCAGAGUCUUCCUCAAGAUCAGGAAAGCAUGGCAGGAAAGGAAACAUCCUCUUUUGUUAGACAGGAAAGUUUUACCAAAGAUAAAUCAAGCAAUGGUGUUCCUCAAAAUAAACUCCCUCAUAUUUCAAGUCACCCGCUGCUUAAAGAUUUAGAGGCUGUUCGGUCAACCCGUAUGGACUUGGGUCAGGAGACUCAUCUUCUCCUUAAGGACACUGAAACUGCCUUGGCAGCACUGGAAGCCAAAUUACUUGGUCAAAGCCAACAUCUGGAGCCCUCAGAAACUGCUGGUCAGCUGGAGGACUCCUUAUCUGGGGACUCAGACGUGGACACUGCCAGCACAGUCAGCUUGGUGAGUGGCAAAAAUGUCCCAACAAGCGCCCCGAAACGCAAAGCAGUUGCGAGCUUGCAGAAGGAGAAAUCUUCCUCCACACCAUCCAUCCAGGACCAGUGUGGGCAGCCGAGCGCUCGGGACAGGCUGACAGAGAAGCGGAAAACGCAAGCACCGGAGGCAUCAAACCGCGCAGAAGCUGCAAAACGCUUCCAGAUGAAGCGGAGCGCUGGGGCCCGAGGGUCGCUCGACUUCACAGACGACGAGAGAAGCUCGAGCCUGCCCUACUCACUGGUGCCCGAAGCAGUUGUGUCUGACCAUGAGCACUCAGUGAACAGGCCGGCUCCCAGACGGAAACCUUUUACUCAGGGUGCCAAGGAGGACCACAGCAAAACGACCUCGAAUGUGCAGAAGAUCCAGCAAGUUCUCACCCGCUCCAACAGUUUAUCCACCCCGCGGCCCACGAGGGCCUCAAAACUACGUCGUGCCCGGCUGGGAGAUGCUUCAGACAAUGAGUGCAUCGAUACAGAGAAAACAUCCUCUAACCCUGACACUGCUGCUCCAGGGUCCAAGCAGUCUGCGGAGACAAAGAAGCUCUCCCGGUUGGACAUCCUUGCCAUGCCAAGGAAACGGGCAGGUUCAUUUACAGUGCCCAGUGACUCAGAGACAGCACAGUCAAAGACAACUGGGUUUUCGGGUCGGAGUGUGGAAUCUUAUAGGAAGACAGGUAUGUUGGAGGUGAGAGCUGCAGCGAGGAAAAUGGCAGCUGCUGCUGCCUCUGCAAAGCAACCUUUCAGCAGGACCCGUUCAAGCAGUGUCAAGUAUUCCUCCUCAUCCACAUCAAGGCGGAGACCACAGGGUUCAGAUUACACUUCUACUUCGGAGGAUGAAUAUGGCUCAAAUCACAGCUCCCCUAAACACAAACGCUCCCAUACUUCAACAGCCACACAAACCCCAAGGAUACGUGGCUCUGGGCUGAGCAAGCAGAGGCACAACGGCAGAGAAACCGACGAUGAUGAAGAUUUUGAUGACCACCCUGACCCCUUCAACUUCAUGGCGCAAACAGCAGAGAUAGCAGAAAUAGCCAGGCUCAGCCAAACCUUGGUGAAGGACGUGGCCAUCCUUGCUCGAGAGAUUCAUGAUGUUGCUGGAGAUGGGGAUUCACAGAGUUCAUCAGGGACAGGACCAAGCACCUCCCUCAGCUCUGUGCCCAACACUCCUGCUUCCACCAUAUCAGCAAGAGAAGAGUUGGUGCAGCACAUUCCAGAAGCAAGUCUGAACUACCAGAAAGUGCCUCCGGGAUCAGUGGAACUGAAGGAUUUUGACCAAAAUAUGAAUGAUAAUAGAGAAGAGGAUCCCUCAAGAAAAACGAGGACAAGAAACCGUGAGGAGGUAAUCUUUGACAAUCUAAUGUUGAAUCCAGUGUCCCAGUUAUCACAUACAAUCCGUGAAAAUACAGAAAACCUAGCUGAAAAAAUGAAGAUUUUGUUUCAAAACUCAGAAAAGACCUGGGAGGAGAUGGAGGCCAAAAUUAAUUCAGAAAACGAAGUGCCAAUUCUGAAAACGUCAAACAAGGAAAUAAGUUCUAUCCUGAAGGAGCUCAGGAGAGUUCAAAAACAGCUUGAAGUCAUAAAUGCUAUCGUUGACCCUACUGGAAACUUGGAUAUAGUUGCCAGUAACAAGGCAUCUUCUGCUGCUAAACAAUCUACAGCCACAAAAGUCAGGACUGCUAACACUUCUGGGCCCACACUGGAGACUUUGUCCCCGGCACAGAUGAGAAACUACACACAGAAAUCGAACUGUGGAUCUUCUAGCCUACAAGAUUCCAAUUUCAUUCCAGAUGGAGAGAAAUACGUGAUCUGACACAGUAUUUUGUAUUGCUGUCAACCUGUAAUCUACUGUCACAUUAGUGUUGUGUGUGAGUGGUUUGUGGACAGUUUGUGUGGAGCAGUUGUUUAGAUUGCUAACACGUUGCACAAAACAAAAAAUAAUCUAUGCUGUGAGGGUGAAUGGAAAGUCUGUGUACGCCUUUUAAGCAAGACUAGCACCGUGGAGCAGCACAUGUUCAGCAUAGACACAAACUGAUUUUUAGAAAGUUCCUCACUCAUUCUUCCAGUGUGCCAUAAGGAAACAGGCUUUGCAUCCACUCCAUUCAGUACUGCCCAAGCUGAAGAGUUCUUGCCUUGGUCUGUUUAUAAUUAUUCAGUUGUAAUGAGGCACAAUUUAAAAGAAAAACGUGGGGGUUUUUUUGGGUACUAUAUUUGUAUUACCUAGAAAGGUUGGACCGAAUGAUCCUUGAGGUCCCUUCCAACCUACCAUUCUAUGAUUCUUUUUUUUUUUUUUAAGUGUACAAGUGAAGCAUUACAACUCUGUUGGAAUCAGUGCAAAUCCAACAGAAUGAUUGUGCAAUAACACGGGUUUCUAGGAGAAACAGUUGUGUAACAAUUCCUUUUCAGCCAUCAUAAAAAGGUAACCACAAUGAAGUUGUGCUUACUUUGUUUUUUUUCAGCCCAAAAACCAAAAGAAGACAGAAUAAACCCUUUGUUUUUCUCUUGGGAAAAUGUAAAAGUUAAUACUGGUAUGAAUGUAAAUACUACUGAUACAGUUACUAUUUUUCAUAAUAUUUCAGGCCCAAAGUUUGAGGUAGGUACAAAAAGUCAGAUUUUACAGUUUAGCUUGCCAAAUUUUAAUUAUUUCAGUACAAAUGCUGUCUUUAGGCUGCUUUUUUGUUGUUAUUGGGGUUCUUUUUGUCAUUUUGGUUUUAAAUAUGCAAAUUUUUUUUACAAUGAGCUACAAAUGCUCUUGGCUGGGCCAAAGAUGAAGAUGUUUGUGAGUAGCUAAUUGCUAAGAAAAACAUCUGUUCCAAUGGCUCAUGUAAUAAACUUAAUUGCACAGUUGCUGUGAACUGGUGUUCACUUGACAGCACUGAAAAAACAAUGGCUUAAAUGUAGCUCUGCCUUUACAUCUACUUCUGCUAUGAAUUUUUUUUCAAUGCAGAAGUUCUUGAAGACCACCAUUCUGUGGUAUUCUUCAGAAACUAUUCAACAAUGUCAGUCACUUGGUACAGUAGAGAUUGUUGUCUGGAUUUUAUUUUUGGUCUGUUAUAAUCCUAGAAACACUAAGGAUUAAGUGCAGUUGCACUGAGCAACUUGUUUAAAAAAAGUUGGGUUUUGUGUUCUGUCUUUCAGUUAAACUGCAAAAUGCUAAGCAGUUUCUCUUGCUUUAAGAACAAAAGUUCUGUUUUUGAGGGGACCUCUUCCAGACGUGUUUGCUCCCAGUUUUUCCUGUCUUGUAUCAAUUCCUUUUUUCAUUCUUCCUGGUAGACAAAUUGUAAUCAAGUAAAGAAAUUCUUUUGUAGCUGUGGAGGAUACAUGUACUGGGAAUGGUGAGCAGAUGAUUUCCACUUUGCCCUCAUACAGUGUGUAGUUUAACCAGUGAAAAUGGUUUCCCAAGCUCUUCUGCUUCUUGUGUGCUGCCUUCAUAUUUUGGGGUGGGUAGUGGAUUCCUUAGUUAGCUUCAGUAGUUACCUGAGCUUUUCUGCUAGAGUGUUGUAACAGUGGGAACCUGUUAAAAUAAUUUAAAUAAAUAGGGAUGCUCACUAAGUGUUUAAUCUUACUAGUGAAGACCAUGAUUGCUUUCCUGGUGAAGCCAGUGGGAGCUUUCUGUCAAUUUCAGCAGAAACAGGAUCAGUCCCAAAAUGGGAGUAUGCCAACAGGCUAUUAGUUUCUUUUGAACGUGCAAGAUGCUGACUGGUAAACAAUAGGUGCAAAUAUCCUUCCAAGGUGUCCAGUAAGUUGUAAGACUAAUCAGCUUAUGUUGGAGAUGCUCUUCCAUGAAGAAAUCUGCUGAAUUUCACAUAGAUGAAUGCAGAGUAAAAAAAGAAUUUACCCGUGAUGAUGUUCUGCCUGUAAUAUACGCACUAUCUGAAUGUGUUAAUUCAGUUGUUUGUUCUGAUCUGUCUUUUCUUGAAAAACCUGAUUGUGUCCUUGAUGAAUAUCCUAAGAGUUGGUAUCAUUCCUGACAUAUGAGACACAAUUUUUCAAGCCCCUUUUGGUUAAGGUUUGAACUGACCAGGUGCUAUCCCAACUCACUAGGAGUUGAAGGACCUUCACAGAUAAGGUGUUGCUGUUAGUUUCAGUUUUGCUGUAGACACUUGUGAAUUUCUCAGACAUCUGACUUUCAUUCUUAUUUGUUACCCAUUUUCCUACAUCUUCAUAGCUAUGCUAGUGGAUUUUGUUUCUCUACAAUGUGUUCUUGAUGAGACUUCUCUUUACUUUCACUUGCUUGAUUCUGCUUUUAUUCGUGAACACAUCAGGGAUGGAUUUUCUUCCUUAGUUGCUCUGUUCUGAACUUGACAGAGCCCACAGACACAUCAAUCAAAUCAACCCCCAAAAUAUGGUACCUCUUCAAGGAUGUGACAAUCGGUGUUUGUAAUUUGGAAAUGUGUGUGUAGAGGGGAGGGAGGAUGCACAGCUUGAUUUAUUUGUGACUCAGCUCAACUAUAACAUGGUUCUGUGUCCUGACUCAGCGUUCAUCCUUGGAUCUUUGCAUUUAAAGCAGUUUUGCUAGUCAGCGGUGAAAUGCAAUAUAUUUUUUUCUUGUAUUCACUGCUUCUGAGGUACACCCUGUUUGCACUUGUCUGCUCCAGAUAAGCCAAAGAGCCACCUGACUAACUCCCGUGUGAGAAUUGUUCACUCUUUCAAGCAGUACUGUAUGCAGCUGUGGACACAUGCCUCUGUGUGACUCCUGUAUGAACCUAACAGAUGUGUAGUGGUGUAUCUGGGUGGCCCAGGAUCAGCACAGACAAGACAUGUUGGCUUCUGUGAGCUACAGAUGGGCCUUGUGUUGAGCUUGGUGGGGCUAAUGCCGACCUGUGGGUCGUUCUCAUACCAUGUUGCUUUCAUUCCUGUGUUUUGUAUCUGACUAAAGAAAUGUAAUGCGGGGUGGGAUUUUCAAAGUCUUAGGGAAGCAAGUGCUCAUGUCCUUUUCGGUUUUCCAUACGCUGUGGGUGCCUGAUGCCGUGAGCACCUUUGGAAAUCCCAGCCCUCAACUCUUCCGCUAUACUUGAAAACCAUGUUCUCAGUUCGACACUUUCAAAUGUAAAAACCUGUUACACGGUUCUGAUGGUGUGAAUGUAGAUCCCUGCAAGAAUGUGUACCAGCUUUGUGAGCAAGGACCUAAACGUUUCUAUGGCGGUGUCAUGUUGUGGUUGUGCUCCAGGAGGAAAGAACGUCUGCAUCAUCUUUUGAGUAUUUUAGUAAAGGUACAACUAGUGGAAUGUUCACAUGCAGCCUACUGAAAAAAAGAGGAGGGGAAAAAAAGAAGAUAAAAAGUGUAAAGUAUUUAAGUGCAAGAUUCUACUAGUUUUUUCUUCGUUUGCAGAUCACACUAGCUAUUUUUGGAGUUCAGUAAAUGUGUAUAACUUUUACAAAGACCAGACAGAACUACCUGUUCACUUUCAAUGUGCCCCGUGCUGAAUUGUGCCUAUUUCACUCUCUGUUGUUAUGCUGCUGAUUCUGCUGUUCUGAACUGUUCACUGAAUCAUUCCAUUUGCAUGCAACACAAAUGCAAGCUGAGCUGUCUGAGAGUAAAGCUGAAACACGUUUGUAUAACUUGAAUCGAUUAAUGACUUUCUCUUUUCCACACCCUCUUGAAAUGCUGUGUAUAAUUUUGAUUUGUUUCUCCUGCCCUGAUAUUUUUUCUGCUUUUGUUUUUUUUUUGUUUGUUUUGUGUUUGUUGUUUUUUUUUUUUUGAAUGGUAAUUUAUUUUUGUUUGGAUUAUAGGCAGUAUCUGUACAUUUUGUUUCAAGGUGAUAUUGUGGACGUCUUUAAAAAAAGCAAAUUGUUAUUUUAUAUAAUUUUAUCAUAAAGUUGCUCUAAUAAAUCAUUCUUUUAUCAUGUGACAA